GAGUAUCCAACUUUAAAGGAGGCCCAUAACUUUAGCCUCUAUCUCUUAAGUUCUAACUAUCUUCAACUGCCACUUCCUCGGAGCUCAGUGGCUGGCGCCGCUGUACGGCACUCUUCUUUGAUGUUAAAACCCUUUCUUUCGAUCCUCUUCCAUCUCCGGCUGCCACCAUGCAACCGUCUCCCUCGUUAAUUACUGGCCCUGUCAGAACUCUAACGACCACCGCCCGACCUUCCGCGAUCAUCAUCCAAGCCUAUCAGCAGUACCAUCAACCUAAUCCAAAUUUCAUUAGUUUUUUUGGGUAUAGACCUGACCUUGUCGGUGCUUGUACCCGUAGAUUUUCUGCUUGUGCAAGUCCCAGCUCAGGGCCUCAAGUUCCGGCCACUUCUGCUCCGUUAAUCCAAUCUCAUCUUGGCGCUACGUCUCGGAUGUCGACACUGGGAAAGUUGGAUACCAUCGAGGAGGAGCUUGAAAAGGCCAUUUAUCGAUGCCGAUUCAUGGCAUUUUUGGGCGUUUUAGGGUCUUUAAUUGGCUCGGUACUCUGUUUCAUCAAGGGGUGCGUUCAUGUAGCAGCAUCUUUCUCAGAGUACUUUGUAAAUCGUGGAAAAGUGAUCAUGUUGCUAGUUGAGGCCAUAGAUGUGUAUCUCUUAGGAACUGUGAUGCUAGUCUUUGGCACGGGUCUGUAUGAGCUGUUUAUCAGCCAUCUUGGAAGUGCACGGUCAUCAUCAAAGAGUAGCGUCGAGCAUAAAUCAAACUUAUUUGGCUUGUUUACUUUAAAGGAACGACCUAAAUGGAUGAACAUGACGACCGUUAACGAACUGAAAACAAAGCUGGGGCAUGUCAUAGUGAUGCUGCUUCUAAUUGGGUUCUUUGACAAGAGUAAAAAGGUGGUUAUACAAUCUCCAGAAAGGACGAGCCACUGGCCGAAAGAGUGGCUGAAAUUGUCGAUGGAACUGGACGGCAAACGAACUAGAAUGGCACUGGCGAGGGCUGAGGUGCGGCUGGGCUGAAUGUCAAAUCCUAUUCAAUCCUAUAAGGAGGUUUUAUGGCAAUUUGAACUAAUCCUAUAUGAAGAAAUUUAUAUUUUUCUUGAUGUUGAAGAAUUGAUUGUCUUGAGACUAAACGAAGAGUUUCUGAGAGUUCUGUGGUUCUAAUUCUAUAAUCUUGAAGAAAAUCAAAAUUUCCUAUUUGAUAAAUAAUUUUAAUAUCUACUUUUGAUA